UGGUCGAUACACUUCAGCAUCAAGCCAUUUCUCUAAUCAAAAUCUUGGUGCUUACUGAACCAUUCUUUAAACAUUAAUGUUCUCUUCUUGAAAGAAUGAAUGGUGAGAGAGAGCAGGAGAACGCUCCAGGUUCCCCCAAACACUUCAAUCAAACAAUGGCUCCUUUGGACAUUGAAAGUAAUACUGCUGCCCAAGAAAUGCUCGACCAUGAGAAAAAUGGUCACGCUGAUAGGGCUCAGUGGGUGCUCAAUGCUCCUGAGCCACCGAGUCUCUGGCGUGAGCUCAAGGAUUGCAUAAGCGAAUCUCUAUUGCCUCAGUGCAGCAACUUCCUAUCUUCUAGGAACCAACAUGGGUAUAAACCUGUGCUUUCAGUUUUGAGAGCAAUAUUUCCCAUCAUCACUUGGAGUCGAAACUACAAAGCAACAAAAUUCAAGAACGAUCUUCUGGCGGGUCUAACUCUUGCUAGCCUUUGCAUUCCUCAGGGUAUUGGAUAUGCAACUUUGGCCAAACUUGAUCCUCAAUACGGCCUCUAUACAAGUGUAAUCCCGCCUCUAAUUUAUGCGGUCAUGGGAACUUCAAGAGAGAUAGCAAUUGGACCAGUUGCUGUGGUUUCACUUCUUUUGUCCUCAAUGAUUCCGAAAGUUCAAGAUCCUGAAGCUAAUCCAAUUGCCUACAGAAAUCUAGUUCUUACUACAACCUUUUUUGCAGGAAUUUUUCAGUCUGCCUUUGGACUAUUCAGGUUAGGUUUCCUAGUGGAUUUUCUAUCCCAUGCUGCAAUUGUUGGGUUCAUGGCAGGUGCAGCCAUUGUUAUUGGCCUUCAACAACUGAAGGGGCUGCUUGCAAUUACUCACUUCACGAACAAGACUGAUGUCAUCUCCGUCCUGAAAGCUACUUGGAUAUCUGUUCAUCAUUCUUGGAAUCCUCAUAAUUUUAUCCUCGGAUGCUCAUUCUUAAGCUUUAUUCUUAGCGCAAGAUUUGUGGGUAAAAGGAACAAGAAACUCUUCUGGCUGCCUGCAAUUGCUCCUCUGGUUUCUGUUGCUCUAUCAACUCUGAUCGUUUUCCUGACAAGAGCAGACAAGCAUGGAGUAAAGAUUAUAAAACACAUCCAAAGGGGCUUAAACCCAAGCUCAGUCCAUCAGUUGCAGUUCAACGACCCACAUAUUGGACAAGUAGCUAAAAUUGGACUUAUAGUUGCUGUUGUUGCUCUUACGGAGGCAACUGCAGUAGGCAGGUCUUUUGCAUCCAUUAAAGGAUACCAUAUAGAUGGAAACAAAGAAAUGGUUGCCAUGGGAAUCAUGAACAUUGCAGGAUCUUUCUCUUCCUGCUAUGUUGCAACUGGCUCCUUCUCUCGCAGUGCUGUGAAUUUCAGUGCUGGUUGUGAAACUGCAGUGUCAAAUAUUGUGAUGUCUAUCACAGUGAUCAUCUGUUUGGAAUUUUUCACAAGGCUUUUGUACUUUACCCCAAUUGCAAUCCUUGCGUCAAUCAUUAUUUCUGCCCUACCAGGACUCAUUGACCUCAAUGAAAUCUACAAUAUUUGGAAGGUUGAUAAGCUGGAUUUCCUUGCCUGCACUGGGGCCUUUUUUGGUGUCUUAUUUGCAUCGGUGGAGAUUGGGCUACUAGCUGCGGUGACAAUAUCGUUUGUGAAGAUCAUCAUCAUCUCAAUUCGACCAGGUACAGAAAUUCUUGGAAGACUUCCUGGAACCGAUACGUUCUGCGAUGUAGACCAAUAUCCUAUGGCUAUUAAGACUCCUCCUGCGCUUAUAAUCCGUGUCAAGUCUGGCUUCCUUUGUUUUGCAAAUGCCAACUUCGUCAAAGAAAAUAUCAUGAAAUGGGCCACUGAAGGAGACGAAAAGGACACAAAAGGAAACGGGAAAAAGACUUCCCAACUCGUGAUUCUUGAUAUGUCCAAUUUGACGAACGUUGAUAUAGCAGGAAUUGCUUGCCUCGAAGAACUGCGUAAGAAUCUUGUCUCAAAUGGAAUAGAGUUAGCCAUCACUAACCCAAGGUGGCAAGUGAUACACAAGCUAAAAUUAGCCAACUUCGUGGGGAAACUUGGAGAAAGGGUCUACUUGAGUGUUGGAGAAGCAGUGGAUGCAUAUCUGAAUCCUAAAAUGGCUGCCAUUUAAAUGGAAAUCAAGCUUAUAUAUGUCUGUUGUCUUGCUUGGUGUGUAGUCCUUUGUGUCUGUAUAAAUGGGACAUGUAAUAAAACGUGCUUUUUAACCUUCUCUAAUCUUAGGACUCGCUCGCAGAAAGUCCGAGAGGGAAAGGCCAUCCAUCAGUUGUAUUGCCAUAACAUAUGCAAUGUAAAACUGCACUUUACGCUUAAAGAUUUUAUAUAUCUAA